AUGGAGGUAAUGCUCAAGUCGAAAAUUGUAAGGGAGACACUCAAAGCGAAAGGCUAUGAUCUGAAACAAGUAGAGACGCAAAGGGCAGUGAUAGAUGAAGACAUGAGGAGGUUACUCGAGAAACUAGCAGACGAUAAACCCGUGAUCAUGGAAAAGAGUAAGGAGGAACCAGAAUCAUUGGUUGAUAAGAUCUCUGAAGACGUACUUGAGCGGACUCGGGUUGGGAAGAAGAAGGUGGCAUUCAAGGAGAAGGCUGAACACCUUGGACUAAGUCAAGAGUCCGGGGAGUGGCUCACAGCGGAGGAAGAUUCUGGAGAAGAAAAAUUGUCCGAGGAGUGUGAAGGAUGGGAUGAAGACUCAGAGAAGAGCAGCGAUGACCAAGAUAGUCUAUGCAUGAUAUUAGCGGAAGAGAAAAUGAGACACCGCGACAGAGAACUACAGACGGAUCCCUCCUCAGGAACGUACAACUUGGAUCAGCAGGAAGUGCGAGGAGGUGAAUAA